GUCGCGUGUAGACGGUUCCGUUUUCACAGAGACGGUGGUUCCGCGGUUGAAUGUGUUCUGGUUCGAGUCCCGGCUCCGUGAUCCUGUAAAGAUGAACACCGUCCUGUCCAGAGCCAACUCCCUGUUCGCCUUCUCCCUCAGCGUGAUGGCGGCCCUCACGUUCGGCUGCUUCGUCACCACCGCCUUCAAGGACCGCAAGGUUCCGGUGGACAUCCGCGUGUCCAGAGUCAUGCUGAAGAACGUGGACGACUUCACAGGGCCCAGAGAACGCAGCGACCUGGGUUUCGUGACCUUCGACCUCUCGGCUGAUUUGCAGCCGAUCUUUGACUGGAACGUCAAGCAGCUGUUCCUCUACCUGUCUGCUGAGUACUCCACCAAGAACAACCCUCUGAACCAGGUGGUGCUAUGGGACAAGAUUGUUCUUCGGGGUGAAAACACCAGACUGAACCUAAAAGAUAUGAAGUCCAAGUAUUUCUUCUUCGAUGAUGGAAACGGACUCAGGGCCAACAAGAACAUCACUCUGACGCUGUCCUGGAACGUGGUUCCCAACGCCGGGAUCCUGCCCCUGGUGGCGGGGAGCGGACACAUCAGCCUCCCCUUCCCAGAAACAUACGAGACCAGCAAGAGCUAUUAGACUCACGUGCACAUACUCAUGGAUAAUUCUGUGCUCUUCUUUCUUCAGUCACUUAUUUGUAAUAAAAGAGUUUGUGGAAA